AUGUCAGAAACAGAACAGCCUUCAACUUCCGAUGGACUGGAUAUUGGAGAAACGAAAGGAAUCAUAUCAAUGUCUGAAGUAACACGUAAAGUUUUAAUGCCAGUAGAUGGGAGUGAACAUAGUGAAAGAGCAUUCAAUUGGUAUAUGGAUAAUGUUAUGAAGACAACUGAUGGUUUAUAUCUGGUUCAUAUUGUUGAACCCUUAUCACCGGGACUAAAUUACAAUCUUGCAAGUAAAUCUCCCUCUAUUAAAGAUGAUUUUUCAAAACAUCUAAAUUCACUUGUUGAAUCUGGUCGUGCAUUACGUGCUAAAUUUUUUACACGUUGCGAAGAAAAUGGUUUAUCCGCAAGAUUUACAAUACAUGUUGGUACUAAACCAGGUGAAAAUAUUGUACGUAUAGCCAAUGAACAUGGAGUUAAUGUAGUUAUUAUAGGAAAUCGUGGCAUUGGAACAGUGAAAAGAACAUUUUUAGGCAGUGUAAGUGAUUAUGUUUUACAUCAUGUCAAUGUUCCUGUUAUCAUAAUACCACCGCCUAAACAUCCAAAGAAAAAAUAA